AUUUCCAGUGCUCAGUUUGAAUUUUCGGAUGAGCGACGCGUGCUGAGGUUAUUUUAUUAUAUUUAUUUAAUAUUGAAAUAUAAUCUGUUAGGGUUUUUCUUCUGAAAUGGAGAUUCAGGGUAUGGAGCCGAUGUCUCUGGGUUCUCCGUCUUCCCCGAAGCCUGUACCCGGGUUUCUACCUGGUUUUCUGAUGGGAGACAUGCCCGCUCCUACUACACCACAGCCCAGGACACUAAGCCUGAGCGGGGGAAGCAUCGACACCAGAGUGCCUCCACUCACAGGUGGUUCCCCUCCUCAGCCAGUGGUUCCCACUCCUAAAGAUAAAAGUGGUGCUCCUCCGGUUAGAAGUAUCUACGACGAUCUGUCCAGUCCUGGGGUCGGCUUCUCUCCUCUCGCCUCACGCAAACCGGUGUUUGCUGGACUACAGACCCCUCUAUCUGGUGUUGCUGCUACUCCAGGAUCAGGUAAUGUAUUCAGUCCUGCAUCAUUAGUACAGAGGAAGUCUGCCCUGUCCCCGGCGCAGGUGGAUCCUUUCUUCACUCAGGGUGACGCUCUGUCCUCCGAAGAUCAGCUCGAUGAGACCUGGAUCACCGUGUUUGGGUUUCCACCAGCGUCAGCGUCCUACAUCCUGUUACAGUUCGCUCAGUACGGGAACAUCCUCAAACAUGUGAUGUCGAAUUCGGGGAACUGGAUGCACAUUCAGUAUCAGUCGAAGCUGCAGGCCAGAAAAGCUCUGAGUAAAGAUGGAAAGGUCUUCGGAGAGUCAAUCAUGAUCGGAGUCAAACCCUGCAUCGACAAGAGUGUAAUGGAGAAGACUGAGAAGAGCAGUACUGGUAUGUUCACUCCUCCAGUGAAGAACCUGAGCAGUGUGAAUCCAUCCACGCCACGAUCAGCCAUGAGACCUCUCAGUACCCCUCACCGAAACACCAGCACUGAUUACCAGGUGGUGACGGACAGAGAGACUCCGCGUAAGGACGACAGUUUUGUAUCUAAAGCGAUGGAGUACAUGUUCGGCUGGUGAUCCGGGUUCCACUCUGCACUUUACCCUGCAGUCCGUGAUCGGACCGUGCUCGCGGCUCGGAUCACAUCAAGCUGCAAUACCAAUACACAGCGUUUAUCAGACUAUUCAGAUUUUUCUUACAUCAUUACAUCAUCAUGCUGUCUUAUAUUCUAUCUUUAUAGUUCAACGAACAGCCAUGUUUUUAACCAUCGGAUCACUUUAUUCGAUCAGAUUUACACCUCUGACUUUCCUUUUCUUUGUGACAUUGUGUAAAUAAAUGUAUGUUUUUU